CUGCAUGACUAUCCGCUACUCGUCGCACCUGGCACACGCGUUUUCCAAAUCGUGCUUUUUUCGCCCUCAGUUUAUAUUUUGUUAAUGUGCGAAAUUAAAACACAAGUUAAUUAAUCAACACACACACAGCAAAUAUGUGCUAGGCUAGCAAACGUAGCUACGUUGCAAUAAACGCAGCACAAAAUUCAAGUGGAAAUCGUGGUCGUGCGUCGUGUGUGCGUUAGUUAUAUAUCUACAUAUUUUUUUUUUAUACAUUCAUAUAUAUGGCAGUUGCCGAAUGCAAAGUACGUUGAUGAUGAUGUUGCUGAUGAAGAUGAUGAUGAUGAUGGCGACGCAUAGUUCGACCGCAACGCGACGUUGAUGUCAGUUUCACAGUGUGUGUGUGCGUGUGUGUAAUAAAAUAAAAAAACGCAAGCGAAUUGCGAAAGAGCAAAAAGACAAGAGACCAACAAAAAAAAAAAAUAUAUACAUAUAUAUACACUUAAUAAAAAAAAAAAAAAAAAAGAAAGAAAAAAACUACAGUCAGUCGGUGGGCAAGCUGUGUGUGGUGAGGAGCGUAAGAAAGACGGCUGUGUGUUUUAAAGCAAAGACAAAAGACGCGCGCGCGGCGUGCAAUGCACUAAAAAAGCAAUAACAGCCCACCAGUGGAAGGGCAGCAAGCAAAGCAAGGCCACACACAAUUUCAGUGUUUUCAAGUCUAAACAGACUACAAAAAAAAAACAAAAUCGAGAAGAAGAAACUCAACGAUCGGGCGCCAAAGUGCAAAUUGGUGUUGGUCCAGCAGCAAAAUCUUGAGAGCAAGCAGCAGCAGCAGCAAAGAGAGCGAGCGCCGCGUGUGUUGGAACCUCGUUGUGAAACACACACACAAACACACAUCGAAACUAACGCGCGAGUGACACACACACAUAUAGGCAAAGAGAGGCAACAGUGUGGCCGUUUUGCAUUGAAUUUGUCGUUUUGCGACCGAGUGUGUGCAUGUGCAUGUGAGUUGACUGCGCGUGUGUGUGUGUGUGUUGGUGUGUGCGUGCAUUGUUGCAUUUGACGUGCGUUGUUGUUUUUCUUUUCUUUCGCUCGUUUGUUCGUUGUUUGAUUGAAACAGCGACCGGCAUAAAAUCCAAUAAUGUCCACAUAUGAGGAUGGCCAACAGCAAUUGCAACAUGAACAGCAACAACAACAACAACAAACGCCGCCACAAUCGCCGGAGCAACAACAACAGACGCCAAUAAAACUCACAAAUGAGGCGGCGUCCAGCAACAACAACUCCAUUAUGGGGAAGGUGAAGCUACGCGUCUCCUCGAUAUUUCCCACUUCAUUGGGCAAAUGGUUUUCACCCACAACCGAUGGCAACGCCGCUGCAGCCGCUCGACUGGAUCAAUCGCCAACGUCGCAACAGCAGCAGCAGCAACAACAACAACAGAAUGGCGGCAGCACAUUGACUGGGAAACGUAAACGCAGCCGGCGUCGCAUCGAAUUGGAUGCGGAUGAUGCGCCCGAUAUUAUCGAUGAUGCACAGGAUUUGAAUGAGGAGGAAGUCCAGCUGGCGGAUAAUAUUGCCGAACACGAUUUGGCCGCCGAAGAUGAGCAGACGCGUCGCUGUGAAUACAAUGUGAAUAACAUGUUGCGUAGCGGGAAUAAAGGAGGUGCUCAUAAGAUUUGGACGCGUCCCUACGAUGAUGAUGACGACGAUGAGGAGCUCGACGACGAGGAUGACGAUGAGCAGCAACAGCAGCAGCUGGACCACGAUGAUCAGCACAACUAUCAGCAACAUCCACAGCAGCAGCUGCUAUCGAAUCGUCCGUCAACGCAACAGCCGGCAGCAAAACGCAAGCGUCUCGAGCAAUCGGAAGUGACGUUUAGUCCUCAGUUUAGCGCCCAACGGCGUCGUCCACCGCUUCACGCCUCCACGCCCGCUGUCAGCGAUGCAAUGCUGCGUCAUGCGUCCACAAAUCGUCAACAGCAGCAGCAGCAGCAACAACCACAGCAGCAGCAACAGCAACGUCAGCGUGAGCCCGCCUUUAAUUUCUUAGCCGCCGCCGCCGGACGGUGCAACGAGGCAGCUGUCGCCACCAGCGGAGAUCUGCCCAUGAGCUCGAGACGUUCGUUGAACAUACCGCCAAUGACUGAACGCCGCGAAACUUUGCUGCCCAGCUACAAGCGUUUGUCGCUGCUGGGACAACAACAGCAACAACAACAACAACAUCGUGGUCCUAACUGGCGCACUUGUUCGCCCAUCAGCGAGGUGGACUCGCAACAGCAACAACCUCAGACAACAACAACACGUCAAGAGACCAACAUCAAUAAUAAUAAUAAUGUUAUCAAUGCCAAGCGAGGAGGAGGAGUUGCAGCUGACUCGCAUUCCGAAUGCGAGAGUAAUGAAAGUCAAGCUGGUCUACGCACGCACAACAACAACAGCAGCAACAGCAACAACAACAACAACAUUAACAACAACAGCAAUCUACUAUUCUAUGGCAAUCUACAGAGCCGCAAAUCGGUGUUCAAUUCAAAUGCCGGCACACCGCCGCAUCACAACUCGACAUUAUCGUUGAAUUCGCUAAACAAUCGUCGACGUUUCAAUGCCUCCAUCUAUGGCAGCACAUCGGCGUUGAGCGACAGCCGUUUGUUGAGCAGCAGCUGCUCGUCGACAAUGGUCGGAUCGCCGUUCUACAAGGGACCGACAGCGUUUGGCGGGAGUGCGGCAAACAAUCGUUACUUUAGUCAGGGCAAUUUGGCCAUCAUCAAUUCGGGCGGAAGUUCGCCGGCGCCAUCGAACAGCGACAGCAUCAGCAGCAGUGCCCGUUGCAUUAGUAGCCUCAAUUACAGCAUGAAUCCGGUCGAGAUGCGACCCAACAAUACGAAUAGCAACAACAACAACAAUAAUAAUACUGGAGUUGGUGGCAUUCCGUCGGAUGUGGCCAGCGGAUUGUCGUUGACAGCGCAGCGGAUAUUGAAUCUGCUGGAGAAUCACACGACACCGCUGAUGGAUGCCAAGAAGAUGGGCAGCACAUUGCGUGAGCAUCAGCAGCAGCGCAAUCGACAUGCGUCCAACAAACCGUAUUCCUAUCCCAUGGCCUAUAAGCUGCACAACAACAACAACAACAAUAUUACCAAUAAUAAUAUUACUGCCGACCAGGAUGUGACGCGUAAUAGUUCCAAGCUGUUGGUGCCAACGAUGAUGCAACUCCUCGAGCGUCGACGCAUGCAACGUGUGCCGGCGCCCAACGUGCGACAGCAACAGCAGCAAUCACAGUCGCAGCAGCAGCAGCAGCAACCAUCGCAACAGCAAUCAACGCAAAAAACUACGCGCUUGUUGCCGACAAUAAACAGCAACAGCAGCAGCAACAACAACAAUGCGGCCAACAACUCGAAUGCUGCCAAGACGCAUACGAACAAGAUGCGCACACGUUUGCUGCAGCAGUCGCGCAAGGAUACACGCAUCCAGGACGAAGAGUUGCCACCGCCAGCCAUCGAUUUGCCCGAGAUACGUUUCCCCAGCAUGGCCAGCGAGCCCAAAUUCGAUUUGACAUUUGCACCGCCACCAAAACCAACACCAACAGCAGUCACUGCACAACCAACACCAACAGCAGCAGCAGUCGCCACAUCAGCAGCAGCAACAGUUGCUGUGACACACAGUAACAACAGCAAGCGACAGUAUGAGUUUGAUGCGCCUUUGGAAUUGCAGUGCAGCGAAGAAGGCUCCAACGAUGGCGAUGCUCCCGUUCCCAUCAAGCGUGCCAAGCCAAAUUUCCGCUUUACGCCGCCAGCAACAUUGGAGCAACAGUUGCAGGUGCAACCACAAACGAAGCCACAGCAGCAAUUGAAUGGCGAUCGCAGCCUGAAGACUAGCGGCAGUGUGCUCGAUGUGUUGCUGCCCAAAAAACCAGCAGCAGCAGCAACAACAGAAGCAACACCAUCUGCAUUGCAUGUAAAUCUAACCGGCUUCGCUGGCUUUGGGGAUCAGUUCAAAAAGUCGGCCAGCGAAUGGGAAUGCGAUGCGUGCAUGGUGCGCAACAAGCAGGAGCUAAGCAAGUGUAUUGCCUGCGAUACAGCCAAACCGAAAACCAAGCCAGCAGCUGCUCCAAUUGCAACGAAUAUUUCAAUGCCAGCUUCAGCUUCAACGGGCUUUAGCGGCUUUGCGGAUCGUUUCAAGCAGCCGGCUGGCAAUUGGGAAUGCGAUGCUUGCAUGGUGUCCAACAAAUCGGAUGCCAGCAAAUGCGUUGCCUGCGAAACGCCACGCAAAGCAGCAGCAGCAGCAACACCAGCAGCAGCUCCUCCAGCAACCAGCAACGUAUUUCAAACAAGCAGCGGAAUUGGCUUUGGCGAUGCUUUCAAGCCCAAAGCGAACACGUGGAGUUGCGACACUUGCAUGGUGAGCAAUCCAAGCAGCGCCGCAAAAUGUUUAGCCUGUGAGACGCCCAACCCAAAGGCCAGCAGCAACAGCAGCAGCAAUGCUUUUCAAACUUCCAGCAGCGGAAUUGGCUUUGGCGAUGCCUUCAAACCAAAGGCAAACACGUGGAGCUGUGACACUUGCAUGGUCAGCAAUCAAAGCAGCGCCAGCAAAUGCGUCGCCUGCGAAACGCCAAAUCCCAAAUCGAGUGCCAGCAACAGCAGCAAUUUGUUGACUAGCAGCAGCAGCAGCAACUUUAAGUUUGGCUUUGCCAGCAAACCAGAAGCGACAACAACAACAGCAGCAACACCUAAGCCCGAUGCUGGUUUCCAGCAACUGAUUGCAGCACAAAAAUCGAGCAGCUGGACAUGCGAAGUGUGCACCGCUCAGAACGAUGUGGGACGCAACAAAUGCAUUUGCUGUGAGCAACAGAAGCCCGGCACAAGUGCUGACGAUGCUGCUGCGGCUGCCUCACUCAACAGCAGCAACAGCGGUGCUGCAGCUGCGCCCAAAUUUAUGUUUGGAUUCGCCAAUAAGCCAGCAGCAGCCACAUCAGCAGCAACCACUGUGGUUGCAGCUCCGGCAGCAGCAGCUUCGACAACAAGUGCGCCAUUCAAGUUUGGCUUUGCCGCAGCAGCAGCAGGCACCGAUGUUGCCGAUAAGCCAGCAACCAUUGCAACGAAAUCCGCUUUAACCGCACCGACAACAUUAAACACCUCAGCAGCAGCUGCCCCAGCAGCAACUGGCUUCAAGUUUGGCGCCGAAACAACGCCAAGCAAAACAGUGAGCUUCAAAUUGAGCGAACCCCAAGCAUCAACAGCAACCACGACACCAGCAACUGUUGCAGCAGCAACAACUACACUAGCAACAGCAGCAGCAGCAGCAACAAAACCAGCAGCCGAGGCAGCGGACCUGACUGCGCCGGUUAGCAGCAAGGCACCGGCGACAUCCAGCAUCGGCUUGGGACUCUUUGCACCAGUUGCAGCUGCAACACCAGCAACGAAACCAGCAACAUUUGCAUUUGGCGCACCAGCAGCUGCAACUGCUGCAACAACAACAGCAGCAACAGCAACCACAACGCCUGUUGCUCCUUCAACUGGCAACAAACUGUUUAGCCUUGGCUCCUUUACAGCCACUCCAGCCGUGUCCAGCAGCAACAGCAGCAGCUCCGCGAGCAACACAACCACCACAACCAACAGCAGCAGCAACAGCUUGAAGCCCGCUGCACCCAUAUUCAGUUUCGGCCAACCACAACCAACAACGACAACAGCAACCAUCCCAGCAGCAACACCAGCUACUGCAACUCCUGCACCAGCUGCAGCAACAUUAUUUGGCCAGCCAGCGCCUACAGUUGCCGCUGCUGCAGCAGUUGCGCCAGCAGCAUUUGUCUUUGGUAGUCAAUCAGCUGCGCCAGCAACAGCAGCACCAGCCGCAGCAACAACAACGACGCCAGCAACCACAACUAGCAGCGGCACAUUCUUCUUUGGCUCUCCAGCAGCAGCAGCAACAACAAAAACAACAGCAGCAGCAGCAACACCAAGUGCCAGCAACAACAUAUUCAACAGCAGCAGCACCAGCAACACAGCUGCAGCCACACCAGGAGUGUUUAACUUUGGCAGUAGCAGCGGCAGCAACACAACAUCGUUUGGUGCCAGCAGCACAUUUGGUGGCUUUGGUGCCAAACCGGCAGCAGCAACAGUUGCAACAGCAACCACAACUAGCAGCAGCAGCAACAACAACAACAGCAGCUUCAACUGGUCAGCACCAACAACAGCUGCUGUCAAUCAAUUCUCAAGCGGCGGCUUUGGCAGCAACACGGCAACAACAACAAGCACAGCCAAUGCUGUAACUCCAUCGCCAUUUAGUUUGCCAGCAUCAACAACAUCGAGCGGUGGCGGUGGUUCGUUGUCAGCGGUGUUUGGCAAUGUGAGCAAUCCAUUUGGGGCUGCUUCCUCAGCAGCUGCCGCAUCGCCACUCACCAACAUCUUUAGCAACAGCAGCAGCAACAACAACAACAACAAUCAGCAGAGCACUGCAGCAGCCGUCACCACGGUGACAGCAACCACACAUGAUAAGCCUGCAUUCAAUUUUGGCGCCGCCACAGCGGCAGCAACGCCGGCAGGGGGCGUUUUCAAUUUCGGUGCUGCGCCAACAAAUCCAGCGCCAGGUGGCGUUGCGAAGCCAGCGUUUAAUUUCACAGCAAGCGGCACAACGCCACAGCCGGCAGCAUUUAAUUUCACGGGAAAUGCAACAACAACGGCGACAUCGGCAAUUGCCUCCACAGGCGGCGGCAACGAUUUAUUUUCCCCACCGGAACGACUUUUUCAAUUUGGCGCCACGGCGUCCACAACUGAUAAUGUGGCUGCCGGCGCUGGUCAACAACAACAACAACACCAACAGCAACCAGUUCAACUGUUCAAUUUUACUGGCUCAGCGCAGCAAAUGCAGCUUCAAUCCGCCACCAAAUGCUGGCAACAAUAUGCAGAAUCCACGCCGCAAAAUACGCGCCCCAAUGCGUCGUCUGCCGCCGCGGUAGAAACAGCAAUGGCGUCUGCUGCUGCUGCCGCCGUCGCUGCCGACGCCGACGAAGAAACUCGACACAAAUGGACGAAUAUGGGACUGGGACUUGGACUUGGAGGAGGAUCGAUGCCGCUGCCGAUAACGUGGCCAUGCAGGCAGAGAUCGUUAUCGAUAUCGAGACCUGGACUACAGCAACAGCAGCUGACGGAGCCUAACAGCAACAGCAACAGCGACGCAAUGACGACACUUCGCUACAACGAGCAGCAGCACUUGCAAACGGAACUGGAACUGGAAUCGGUUCCAGUUCCGGUUGUGGAUACCGAUUCCGAGACGCAACCGGAAUUCGGGCUGCGACCGGAAGAACAACCAUUGAGGACGACAACGACAACAGGGACAACAACUCUCCAAUGGACGCCAAUGCAACCAGAGCAGGUGAAUGUGGAGCAAGAGGACGAAGAGGAGCACGACCAGCAGCUGGACGGUGAAGAAGAAGAAGAAGGAGAAGGAACGGCAAUUGUAUUGCAACGUCGCAGUUGCCGUCUGCAAGAGCACUUGAAAAACGAACUGCAACAAUUGCAGGAGCAGCAGCAACAGCAGCAGCGGCGUCGACGACUGCAACACCAAAAGCAACAACAACUCAACAAAUAUCGAUUUGUGCGUGCCAACAACAAUAACAACAAGAUCUACAGUAACCACAGCAGCAGCAGCAACAGCAAUGCAAAAAUACUGGCAACAACAGAGCAUAGAGUUGCCAGACCGUCACGCUUUAGCUUCCAUGGGCGCAAAAGAAGCAUCAUCAACAACAACAACAACAACAACGAAGCCACUGCAGCGAGCAGCGACGCAGGCAGCGCAGCCGCAUCGCCAGUGCUGCACAGUCGCUAUAAGCUGGUGCGACAGCGCAGUGCCAAAAUGACUGAAUAGCUCCCUCCCACUCGCUCCCACCACCACCACCUCCACCCCCUUCCCAAGUGGAUAACUACAACGACAGACAGCGCGAACAGGAAGAGAGACGAGAGCGAGAGAAGCUUUUGACUGCAACAACAACAACUACAACUAC